CUCCGUGCCGGGGGCUCGCCCUGCCCGGGGGAUUCGGCCGCGGACGGAGCCGCCCGCGUUGUCCCGGCCGCGGUGCCGGCCUGGGCUCCGUGCGGGGCAGGGACACCCCGAGGAUCCCCCAGAGCCGCUCCAGGAGUCCUAAGCACCAAAUGUCUGGUUCCAGUUGAAAAUUCAGAGCCCAUGUUUAUAUCCCAAAUGCAUUAUCCUGGAGGAGCUGCAGCACAAGAUGAUCCUUCGCUGCUGCUGGAAUAUAACAGAGAACCUGAAGAUUAUGUUUUGAUUUCUCAGUUUGCUACUGGCCAGAAGGAGGCUCUGAGAGCAGUGUUAAUGCAAAAAAUUCAGAAUGUUCCUGUUCCUAAGGAGGUGAGGGUGCAGCUCUUGGGAAAUGCCUUCACAGACAAAAGGGAAAGCCUUGGGGGUACCACCAGGUCAGCACCCAGGGAAGUCGACUCUGCAACAACCAUUGCAGCAGCCACUGCUGCUGCCAUUGCCACGGCAGCUCCGCUUCUCAAGGCUCAAAAUGAUUUGGAAGCAAAAGUGAACUCAGUUUCAGAACUGCUUCAGAAACUGCAGGAGACAGACAGGCAGCUGCAGCGAGUGUCUGAACAACAGAGAAGUAUAAAGGCUCAACAUGAGGAGCCCCACUACCACCAGAGAGUCAGAGAGCUUGAAAAACAAAUGAAUGCUUUCAUGAUGCAACGGAUUCAGCACUUGGAAAAGCUACAGGAGCAACAAAUGAAUAUUCAGUCCCAUCUCAUCAGCUCUGCAGUGAACAGCCGUGGCCUGCAGCAGAGUCCUGCCUCUGGGGCCCUGACAGGAUGCUGGGACAAGCCAGAGCAGAGAUCACUCACUAUCGAAGCACCUUCCCCUCACAGGAGUUUAUUCCCUACCAGUGCUGCAGCUGCCCAAGGAUAUUCAAGCCAUUUGCCAAGUCUUGAGGUUCAUACACAAAAAUCUCCUCUAAACACACCAGUUCCUCGAAGAUAUGCUCCAGAACCUGUACCCAAAAAUGCACAAAUCUCAGAGAAGGAAAACUCUAUAGUGAAAAAAGAAAAUAUUCUCAAACCUACAAGAGAAGGUGAAAGGAAAUGUCUGGAACACGUUCGGAAUUCUCAAGACAUAUCGCGGAAGCAAGCGGAAUCUUCCAAGAAGCCAGCAGUGAGCAGCAAUGAAAGGAGCUGGCAUUCUGGGAGAGACAGACACAAAGCUUUGCGUGCAAACUCAAAUCCUUUUGAAAGCUACAACUCAAUUGAGAAAACAGUGCAAAAAGCAGAUGAUUUACUCCAAGAUCUUGGCAAGUUGAGAAGAGAAAUGCACAACAUUCUGCAGGGAGCAAGUCCAUGGAAAUCUGACACGAAUGAUCUUACUAAGGGACCAAAUCCAUGGAAAUCUGAUGUGAAUGAUGUUAUUAAGGGAUCAAGUCCAUGGAAAUCUGACACAAAUGACGUUACUAAGGGAGCAAAUCCAUGGAAAUCUGAUGUGAAUGAUGUAAUUAAGGGAUCAAGUCCAUGGAAAUCUGACACAAAUGAUGUUACUAAGGGAGCAAGUCCAUGGAAAUCUGAUAUGAAUGAUGUAAUUAAGGGAUCAAGUCCAUGGAAAUCUGACACAAAAGAUCUUACUAAGUCAAAAAAUCCUCCUGAAAGAAACGCACCCGAUCCUCCCGAACGUCGUCUGCUCAACAAACCAUCCAUCCUUCAAAAUGUUCAGGUGCCAAGGUCUAUCCUGACAGAUGCUGAAAGGACUUUGAGAGGAGUGCAGAACAAUAAAAAAGUCCUUGAGGAGAAUCUGGAAGCUGUUACUCAUGCAAAAGAUGGAGAUGCUGUGUAUUCUAUCAGUAACUCCUUGACUGCAAACAGAGAUGUCUUGGAAGAGCUUCGUAUCCGAAGGACUGUGGAUGAGUGGAUCAAGACAAUCAGUGAGGAAAUCCAGACUGAAAUGGCAAGAGAUGUUUCAGAACAAGGGAAAUAUGAUCAAAAAGCCCCAUGGAACAAGAAAGCCCAAAACCUCAAGGCUGUGAAGACCAAGACAGAAAUUAAAGAGAGAACUCAAAACAUCCAAGGAUGCUUGACAAAAAGGCCUUUGUCUGCAGCUAAGCCAUUGCAGAAGCAGGUGGAAGAUAACACAAGGAAACAGAGCUUUAGAACCUCCUCUUCUGAAAAUGUGCAGAGCAAAGAAAGAAGGACAGACGGAGCUGCAGGUGGAACUAUACUGGUCCAAAAUGAAGAUGAUCUAUCUCAAGUCUAUGGGAAACCCAUUUACCAGGGCCACCGUAGCACGCUUAAAAAAGGACCCUACCUGAGAUUCAACUCGCCCUCUCCCAAAUCUAAAUUUCCCAGACCCAAGCUGAUAGAGACUGUUAAAGGCACAAAGGUGAAGUCAGCAAAGACCCAGACCUCCUCUCACACGGAGAAGGUCAUCAGCAGCCCCCAGAAGAAGCAGGCUGUGUAUGCCCUUCCCCAGCAGCCAAACCAGUACCUCUUCAGCCCCAGCCAAGACGUCCCUGCUGCCUCUGGUCCUCUGGAAGGCCACCUCAUUCCCAUGGCUAUUCCACUAGGUCAAACCCAAAGCAGCAACUCAUUACUGCAGCCAGCUGUAGUGGUGAUAGAUAAACCACACCCUGUCACUGUUACAACCUCCCUUCCUCAGGUGCAACCAAAGCCUCCAGUCGAGGUGAAAAAACCAAAUAUAGCUAUAAUAGAUAUGAGAUCAGAGAAGAAGGACCCACCUCAGCUCUCUGUGCAGGUGUUACCAAAUGUUGAUAUUGACAGUGCUUCAAGUGCCAGUGAGAGUGUAAGUCACCUUCCUGCAGGCUCUGAUCCUCUGCUCCCUCCUGUCGAUGCUGUAAUACAGACUCCAGAAGAAGUGCGCAGUGAAGAGGAAGACACAAAGUUUCCAGGAAAUAACUUCAUUGAUGUUACUGAUGUCAUUCAGGAUCAGGAAGAGGAGAAGGAUGAAAUUCCAGAAUUCCUUGAGCCUCUUCUGGAGCUUAAUGGCCAGUUUAAAGUGGCCUCGCCGCCAUGCAAUGGUCCUUUGUUUCCUCCAGUGGCUUCUGCUCCUCAGCAGCCUGCUGAUAUUUUGGAAGAACGUAUUCAAAGGAGAGAAACCAUAGAAAACAAGUUGAUAAAUUGGGUGGAACAAGAGCUAAUGGCAAAAAUUAUCAGUGAGAUGUGCCCAGCUCAGAAAGAAACGGUGCCCAGCAUGAGCUCAGAGAGUGAAGACAGUGAGGUUGCAUCCCCUGACAUUGUUGAAGUCGCAGGUGGUGAAGGAUUUCAGCACUUUGUCAAUGCUGGUGUCCCCGUGGACUCAGAAAUGAUAACUAAUUUUGUAAAGGAGGCUAUCAGUGAGACCAUUGCAACCAUGCUGGGUGACAGUCAGGCUCAGACAACAGUUCCUGAUCCAAGUGUUCCUCCCAGCACAACCACAGUGAUGGAGGCUCCUGUGCCUACUCCAGUGCCAACACCCCAGGCCACACCACCACCAUCACCACCUUCAGAGAAAGAAUUGCCUCAGGUCAAAACUCCAGCUUCAUCUCCCUCUCCUCCAGAGACGAGCGGGGAUGUUCGUGAACGUGAAGAAACGAAAGGAACAGAUCUGAAAUUUGGCUUCCCACACGCAGGAGUUGAAGCUGAAGCUGCCACGGGCUGUGUUGUCACCCCUGUGGUCACCCCUGUCACCACACCUCCCCCAGCAGCCACCCCGAGCCCUCCUGCCUCAGAAUGGGGCUCCCAAGCUGAAAAAGGGGAAAACCCAAAGCUUCCAAACCCGUGGGAUGGUGCAGAACUUCCUCUGGAAGAAGAGAAGCCCAGUCCUGUCCCUGAAGAACCCUUCUGUCCCAGGGCUGUGGAGAUGUCAGUGGCCAAUGAUGAGGAGCCAGAAACCCUGGUUUUACCAUCUCAGCUGCCAGGGAGGCCCUUUGAGCCCCUUCCCUGCAGUGCCCAGGUGCCAUCACCCGUGCUCACGGUCAGCUCUGGGGUGUCCUCACAGGAGAGCAGCAUCACCCCCACCGAGACUGAGACCACGGACAGACCCCUCUCAGAAGGGGAGGUGCUCUUCACCUAUGGACAGCCUCUGCCUGCAGCAGCCUUAGCAGAAGGAGGAUUGUCUCUUCCAAACCUCGCUGAGAGCUUAUCCAGUACUCUCCGAGAUGCCAAUGAAAUGGAUUAUGAUCCUCCAAGUGAAGGGCAGGUGAUGAGGAAAACGGGUAAAGGCUGUCACACGGAUCCUGUCCUGACUAUUUUAACCAAAUUAAAUCAAGCACCUGUUUUUGCACAAGAAGGAAGAGACCACUUGGAGGAUUCUGAUGGCAGCGUUGGGGAGCUCAGUGAAGGUCAGAGACCGAGGCUGACCAGAGCACAGGAGAGAAUCCUGGUGGGAAAUUCCAUUUUUAUGGAGCAUCCAGCUGCUCAGAGCUCUGGGAACAGACCGCACCAGGGUCUCCGUUCUGCAUCCCCAGGGCAGCUUGUCCAAACUGGAGAAGUUCUCAGAGAUGCAGAUACAAGUCCCAGUCCAAUGCUUUUGGCUGAACUGGAGUCACAGCCAGGUUCAAAUCCUGCUCUGCCAGCAGCCCAGCCAAGCUGCAGAAUGACACCACUGCCAGAGGAUCUGUCCCAGGAGGAAAGCCAAGGAGCUGCACACGUUGAGACCGUGAGACCCCGAGUCAUCUUUGUGAGAAGGAAAUCUGAGGAGAUGCAGCAAGAAGGGUAUGUUCCUGUACCAAGCCCCUCCUCUGGUCUGAACACAGCAGCAGGGAUUUUCAGUGAAAUUCCAGCACCAGAUGGGUUUUUUGUGCAGAAAGGGGAAGAAAAACUUCUUCAAAGUGACGUGAUCACUACUGAAAGCAUUACUUCCUAUGGAGACUGUCAAGUAUUUAGAUUUUUUUGCUUGUCUUUAUCCAGAUUUUCUGGGGCUCAAAAGCAAAUAUUCCAAAAUCUCAUCUGAUUCCCUCUUCGAGUCUAGAUUUUAAAGGAUUCCAGAUGAUCUAAUUCAGUGCCCUGUCGCAUCCCUCUAAGUGUGUUCUGUAGUUCAACUUCAGGGUAAUGCCAAAAUGAAGCCUGGUGUUUCAGUCACACGUGGGGGCUGUGAUGUGAAAGUAUUGAGGGAGCAGUGUCUUUUUCAUGGAGAUGAGCUGAAAACCCGUGGCACUGCUGCACAGAGCACCCAAAGG